UAUAGAGUAAAUUACUUGUAAAUUGUAACACAUACCCAACUUUCCUUGCCUUUUCCCAGAUUUCCUCCUUUACUUCUAUGUUUUAAUACAGCCCUACCAACACUAGUUUUACCUUUCUUACCCAUUUUACACAAAUUACCUCUUGAAAAUAAUAAAUUAUCACGUUUUGUCCGCCAUGUUGUACAGAACAGACUUCGCGUUUCCCACGCGAGAGUGCGCGAAUUCCACUCUGCCGUCGUUUGCACCCAGCGAUGAACAGUAGUUUUGGAGCGAUGAACAGUAGUUUUGGCAAUAGUUUUGGCAUAGAGGGUUUUGGUAGUUUCAAUUUUGCAUACGUGGGUUUCACCAAGCCAGUAUUAUUGUGCAGCAGACGGUAGUCAUUACAAGUGUUAACAUUUCUGAAAUUGGCUAUAAUCUGUAAAACCUCAAAACGAGGCCAUUUUAUUAAUUCGGUUAGGGUUGCGGUCAGAGUAGGGGUAGGGUUAGUUGGUUUGCUGGAUGGAAAAUAGUGCUAACUAAUAUACAGUGUGUAUAAAAAAAUAAUGAACCCUUUCAAAUUCGCUGUAACGUAUUGUAGUAAAAAAGAAAUACAGUAUUUCUUUUAAAUUUUUAUACGCACUGUAGUGCUAAUGGGGCUUUGGUUGUUUUAAAACAGCGUUAAAUCAGGAUUCAUGUAAUUUACAUCAAAAGUACAAUUACAUCUUUGUUUUAACUCAGCCAAGCGUUCAACACUCCCUCGUGACUCCUGAUUAUAUAAGCACCAAUGCACCACAGCAAAGAAAUUUGAACCACAUACUAUAUUUCAUCAUAUUUCACCAAGCAUGGAAGGCGACCAACGUUUCACACAACCUCACCAAGAACGACCAACAUUACGGGGAAUAUACUUCACCGUUCUUCGUCCGAGUUUGGCAGAGUUCUGGGGUGUAUUCUUUUUAACUUUCGGUUUAUAUUCGUCUUCUGCAUUAUUGGAAGCUGAGAAACCACCACAGCCACAGCCUGGCGGGGACCCCGGCGGCUUUGUCGGAACGAUAGCUGUUGUAUUUUUAUAUAUCGGAAUUUAUUCUAUAACCAGAUCGAUCAGGUAGGAGUACGAAUCAUUGUUCAAAAUUGUACAUAUUAACGAUAUUGCAAUUUCUACUUCAAGUGCUUUUGAAUUCAUCAAGUACAAAGUACGAGUAAAUAUUUGAACAGCCUUAUUGAUAGGAUGGUUGAACACCAAUACCACACAUUAUAAAUACCUAACUACCAUCUAAAGCCAGGCAAGUUUACAAGGUUGUCAGUACAAAAGCUUGCACGCUUAUAAAUUAAUAUGGCGGUAAAUAAUUCAGACAGUCAGAUGAACUUAGAUCGGUUUAUGAUAAGAUAUUGGCAUAUAAUUGCGAGGUAUUCCUAAGUAAAUGCAUAGUAUAAACACAUAUCACUUCGUCAACUGUAUUCACAGGUAUUCGGAAACUUAUAGAAUAUAGAAGUCUUGAAUGAUUAUCAUUGGAAAUAUUAUGUGUUCGCAGGGCCGCCGAGAGCUUUCCGGGGGUCCGGGGCAAAUUUGUUUCGUUUAGGUCCCAAUUUUUCCGGAAAACUUUUUUCCGGACAAUAACAUUCCCCCCCGUCAGGAAAAAAUUUUCCGGACAAGAACGUUUUCCUUGCUUUCGCGGCACUUUCCCCAACUUUUUCCAUACCAAAUUUCGGUACUUUGUCCGAAAAACAGAAAUAUUUCGCCCUAAAAACAGAAAUAUUCGCCCCCAAAAAAGACUGGGGCCCCACAAAAAAUUACUAGGGCUUGGGGCCCGGGGCAAUUUGCCCCCCUGCCCCCCUCUCGGCGGGCCUGUGUGUUCGGCUUGCAACUGUUGCUAAUAUCUUAGUUACGACCUUUUAGUUGUUCAAUUUCCACACGGGUUAAAAAUGAAUCUACUUUUGAUUUAUUUGAAGUGGUGGCCAUCUUAACCCAAUCAUCACACUGAUUCAAAUGGGGAGAAAAGCGACCUUUCCUUUGGUGGGUGUGUGUUACCUUGGUGCUCAUCUUCUGGGAGCAGUACUGGGUGCACUCAGUGUCGAGGUAAGGGGGGGGGUCACUCUCAAAAUGGGAUAGGGAUGCAUAGUGUGAGUUAAACUACGUCCAUUUGUUAUCUGACCACGCCUAAUUUCUUUUGUUCAUCCAGUUCAAAAGGUUUUCUCAUAUCUGCAACCUCUAAGAGUCCUCCAUAAUCUUUUUCAUUAUUUAGGCUAUUACUGAAGUUUCACCAGCGUCUCAGAGUUUAAAGCCAUUUUUUGGAACUGGUCAUGCUAUAUUCGGUGAGAUGAUUGGGACGGCAAUAGUGAUCCUGGCGUAUCUUACUUUGGCCAAUCAGAGUAAAGGAAAUACGGCCAUCUUGGGAAUAGGUUUUGGUUAUGCUGGUGCUCUACUUGCCGUGUAAGUGAAUGGUGGAAAAUUAUGAUGUUUGUGAUAUACUGCUGUCUUCUGUUUUUGUAUUGUGUUUUGUUUUGUAAAUAUCGAAGUGCUAUCUGUCUCACGUAGUUUAGACACAAACCACUGCAGCUUAUGUACUAUUUAAAACAUGCGAGUGCAAACACGACUAUAAUAGACGCCGUCUCAUUAGUAUUCGUUAUAUAAAGAAGACUAAUUAGGAUGGACUUUUAUACAAAAAAUACUAAUGAAGAUGAGUUUUAUCAGGUACCGUAUAAAGCCUCCUCACGUGACAUAUGAUGGUUGACAUAAUUUGCCAAUAAGCUUAUGAAUAAAUGAGUGUUUGAAUGUAGAAUAAAUACUAGCUAUACUUGACUUCCACGUUUCAGAUAUUAGAGAGGUUCAGAUUCGACUACCGCUACCUGUGACUUAAUACGCAUCUGAUUGGUUAAUCGGGUAGACUAAAUGCCUCUGAUUGGUUAAUCGGGUAGAGUAAAUGCCUCUGAUUGGUUAAUCGGGUAGACUAAAUGCCUCUGAUUGGUUAAUCGGGUAGAGUAAAUGCCUCUGAUUGGUUAAUCGGGUAGAGUAAAUGCCUAUGAUUGGUUAAUCGGGUAGAGUAAAUGCCUCUGAUUGGUUAAUCGGGUGGAGUAAAUGCCUCUGAUUGGUUAAUCGGGUGGACUAAAUGCCUCUGAUUGGUUAAUGAUAGCAGUAGAGGAAGUCAAAAUCUAAAUCUCUCUAUUUUACAGUCGCUGUUGGUUCACACUUACCAACGUUGUAUUUCUUCAGGCAUAGCGCUGCAUCAGGCUACCUAAAUCCAGUCCUAAACUUUGGCAUCGCAGUGGCGUCUGGGACAUGGACUAAACAUUAUGUCUACUGGGUUGGAACAGCAUUGGGUGGAAUAAUUGCAACAAUACUUCAUGGCCUGAUCUUCGCCUCUGAUGACCAACUGUGGAUUAAAUCACGCAAUUAUGUACCAGAAAGAAUUGCGUGAUCAAGUUAUUUGAUAGGAUUAGCCUAUUGGAUUAGACUGAACAAGACUACCUGUUUGAACUUUUUAGAUCCAAUUGUGUGAUAGGGCAGAGUACAAGAACUUACUACUCUAUGUGACAUCGCUUUGAUAUGGCGUGGAAAUGUAUUUUGUUUUAUCAUGUUGUAUUAGAAAUAAAAUUUAUCUCCUAUCAUGUUGUUUUGAUUGUAGCUUCAUUGUACGUACUAUUUAAAACACGAGUAGGAGUGUUUUAUCAGAUAUAAAACGCGAGGCGCAGCCGAGCGUUUUAUAUCCGAUAAAACACGAGACUUGAACCUACGUAAUUGAAUGAAGCACAAACUGUUUCAUAUGGCUCACUUUAUGAUAUUUCAAUAAAUAAUAUAUACAUGUUAUAUAUUACACUUUUAAAAAUAAAUUAAAAUAAAUUACUAUUCAUUAAAAAAAUUAUAAGCUUUCCUAUUUUAUAAAAAGGCAUGAAUAUUAAUUAACAUUUAGCGGAAUAGCAUGCAUAUCAUCCAAUUAUAGUACAGUGCUAUUGCAAUGCAAAGUCAUUUGUUCAAAUGCAGAUCAUUUGGAUAAGUUCUUUUCAGAGUUGGGCUUACUAAGGAAGGAGAGAAGGGACCUCAAGUGUCUGAGUACCUUUGCAUCCAAUGAAAUCCACUACACUACACCAUCAAACGCUCACGUUACCACCAGUGUUCCUGAAGGAAAAAACACUUUGUAUCCCAUGAGAACAACACUUACCCCAACAAAGUCCUACAAUGUCGUACGUUACCACCAGUGUCCCUGAGGCAGUGAGACAAUUUGUAUCCCACGAGAUCCACACUUUCUCCGCCAGUGCGACAAUAAUCUAUUAUGAGUACCUUUUCGUCCCAUAAGAUCCACACAUACUCCACCAUGUCCUACGUUACCACAAUCUGAGUGACUUUCCAUCCCAUGAGAUUCACACUUUCUUCACGAUGUCCUACGUUACCACCAGUGUCCCCGAAGGCGGUGAAACAAUGAAUGAUGCAUCCAGUGAAUUGACAGAUUUAUCUGGCGUUCUGUAUGCUGGGGUUAUUGAGGUCUGCGGUGAGUAGUCUGUGCUGUUGAGUGAUUCAUGUAAGCGGAUUCUAUUGAGAGCAUCGUACAGUGAUUGAUUGUUUACAGCACUGUUCAGUGGACUUCGUGAUUGAUUCU